AGGCUCCGCCCGCAGUGACCGCCCCGUCCGUCCCCGGCUCCGUGCGCUGCGCGGCGGGGCCACCAUGGCCGACGACUUCGGCUUCUUCUCGUCGUCGGAGAGCGGCGCCCCGGAGGAGGACCCCGCCGCCGCCUUCCUGGCCCAGCAGGAGAGCGAGAUCGCCGGCAUCGAGAACGACGAGGGCUUCGGGGCGGCCGACGGGGGCCCGGGGCAGGCCCCGGACGUGGGGGCUGACUUUGAGGACGUGGGGGCCACUGUGAAUGGAGAUGUCUUUCAGGAAUCCAACGGCCCCACGGACGGCUACGCAGCCAUCGCCCGGGCUGACAGGCUGACCCAGGAGCCCGAGAGCAUCCGCAAAUGGCGGGAGGAGCAAAAGAAACGGUUGCAGGAGCUGGAUGCUGCUUCGAAGGUGACGGAGCAGGAAUGGCGCGAAAAGGCCAAGAAGGACCUGGAGGAGUGGAACGUGCGUCAGAACGAGCAGAUGGAGAAGAACCGAGUUAACAACAGGAUUGCUGACAAAGCAUUUUACCAGCAGCCGGACGCCGACGUGAUCGGCUAUGUGGCCUCGGAGGAAGCCUUCCUGAAGGAGUCCAAGGAAGAAAACCCCGGCACAGAGUGGGAGAAGGUGGCCCAGCUGUGUGACUUCAACCCCAAGAGCAGCAAGCAAUGGAAGGAUGUGUCAAGGAUGCGCUCGGUGCUCAUCUCCCUCAAACAGACACCCCUGUCCCGCUAGCCGCCCGCCCAGCACGACCAAAGAGUGGGGGGGACAGGGGCGGACAUGGGCCACUCUUCCGCCAGCGGGCUCGCCUGGACCAGCACAUCAGGUUCAGUUGGAUGCCAGCAAGGGGUGCUGCUGCCCCCACCCCCACUCCCCCGCCCCCUUUGCUUCCCGGUGCGUGUGGCUAAUUUGGUUGGGUCGCUGGUUGUAACUGUCCCCCUGAUUUUCCUUUGCUUAAAGGGUGCAUUGGUCUCUUUUUACACUUAUUUAUUACCAUGGUGGUUCCCUGGGCAGCAGGGCUGGGCUCCCUCCCUCACUGCUUCUGGGGAGGAGAGCUCGACGCCGGCAGGCCAGGCACAGGCCUCUGACACUGUGAGAGAUCCCGGGGUCUCCUUGCUGUCCCUCACACCGACUCUCCCUUCUCUGCCUCAAACCCAUCCAGCUUCUUCCCCCGGGACAGAGAGCUGAGCCAGUUCGGUGGGAGCAAACCCUGCCGCCUCCUGCCUGAGAUGCUGGGCCACAGCACUGGGUGACAGCGGGAUGAGAGGCAACAUUGUCUAGUAUCCUAGCAUGGGGCUGGGAGCCAGGACGCCUGGGUUCUACUCCCAGUUCCUCGUGGGACCCUGGCUCUCCUGUGUCCACCUGUAACAGGGGAUGGCUGUGACACUGGGAGGGGCAGGGCCGGUUCCUGGCUGCACAGGUGUGACAUCAGCCAGAGGCAGCGGCUAGUUGCACACAAGCUGCCAGGGAAAAAGGAGAAUCCCAGUCAUGGGCGCUCCAGGCGGAGCAGAGCUGGGAGCAUGCAGGAGCGUCUGGGUCUGGGAGGUAGCAACCCCCAGCUCCUCCUCCAGUGUUAGCGUGAGUCUCUGGCAUAGCAGUACCGGAGAGGCAAUGGCAGUGGCUAACCCUGCCCUGGGGAACUCUCUGCCACAGGAUAGUGCUGAGGCUGAGCUCCCAGGAUUGGGUAUGUGGCUGGCUAAGGACACAUCAAUGGGUUUGACAAGUCAAGUUCGGACUCAGGAGAAACCUCCCCUAGGGGAACUUAUUCCACCACUGCUCAUUAGGGAACUUCUUGUUCCUCCCUCUGGAGCACCUCUCAUGGAGACCGAAUACCAGGCUCGAUGAGCCCCUGGGCUGAGCUGCUCCGGCACUUCCUCUGCUCCUAAGUGAAGGUGGCUGGGAGGGGAGUGCUGAGCUCAAGCAGAGCUGCCCCUGCCCUGCUGCAGGGGACACGGGCUGAGAUCCCUGUUUGCGCUUGGCCAGGGAGAGAAAACGCCCACCGGCCCGCGCGUGGACUUGAUAUUCCAGAGGAAAAACUCUAGCUCUGGUGUUUGGACUCUGCCCUGCCUCUGAGCAACCGAUGAGCCCUCAAAAAGUAAGGGGAGUGCCUGGGGUGGGGACAGGUACCGGCUGAGGCAGCCUGGCCUAGUGGCUUCACGUUCUCUCGCUGCUGUUUCUUCUGUCCCACCCCUGGCCUGCCAGCUAAAGGGACUCCACUGUCCUCCCCUGAGCGAUGCCCUUUGAGGAGGGGGCUCAGCUUCCUCCCCAAGCACCUUAUCUCUCAAUAGGGUCUUGGUGGGGCCAGGGCAGCCCCAUCUAGCUCCCAGCACAGGGAGCCUGGAGGCUAGAAACCAUCUCUGCACUCAGGAGCAGACAGGCACGCUGGACCCCCUUUGCCCUUGGGCUCUGUCUCCUGCCAUGUUCUUGCGCUCUCUGUCCUGGCCGCAUGCGCCUCGGGCAGGGACUGGGUCAGGUGUAAUGCAGCAUGGUUUACGGGGACCUCACACAGGGCAUGCUGCCUGGUGCUGGGUGGGGAGAGCAGGCUGGGAGGAGACACUGGCAGGGAGCUCAGGGCGAAGUCCAUAAAGCCAGGAGCCCCCUCCAGCCAAUGGGGUGAGGCACCGGGGAACCUCUCUCCUCUGCAGACCUAGCCCUGCCCAUGAGCUAAUUGGACAUGGCUGUCAUAGGGCCCUGUCUGACUCUGCUCCAGCUUAGUUCUGCUGGGCGUUAGCCCUGCUGCUCAGGUGGAUUAGGCCCAGUUUAGGGCUGCAGCUCUUGGCAGGUGCUCCGAGACGCCAGGCUGGGAUUUCCUGCUCCAGGACUCUGAUCGUGGCAGAGCAGCAGCCUGGAACUGGGCCUAGCUCCUGCAUGAAUAGGGGGCAGGAAGCAUGGCUUGGGCAUCCCCCCCUCAUUCCCAGUGGGGAGCAGGACCCCGGGGUGAUAGCUGGUACUGCUGCUUUACAGACAAGGGCCCGGCUCCUGUUCCUCCUCCUGCCCGGUGACAGCUCUGGGGAGCACUAUGCCUGUUGUAUGUCCCCCCUGCUUUGGUAUAUGUGACCUUGUACAAAUAAACUGACAUGACUCCA